CACAGACAGGCUGUAACUUUGGGCUUUGGGCCGGCCGUAGAUCAAAGUGGGACUGUCGCUCUCUCUCCUCCCUCUCGCGAGCUCCCAAGUUUCUCACAAAAUCAAAACCUCAAAACAAACAACAACAACCCAACAACAACUACUACUACACCAUGCCAUUCCACACAGAAUAUGCUGAUGGAUCUCCACGACCACUCUUCCGAGGAUGGUUGCAUGGAGUUUGUACUCUCAUCUUUCUCCCACUUGUCUACAUGAACUGGGAUGACAUUCCAGCACCUGCUGCACCUGCAUUGAUUGCUAUCAGCUGCUUGUUUGUAUUUUCAAGUUUGGUGCACUUGGUUCCUUGGAAGUCAGCGGCCUUGGAGGAAGCAAUCACCCGAGUAGACAAGUCUUGCAGCUUGGCUAUUUGUGUAGCUUCAUUCAUGGCUCCCCAGCUACUAGAAAGUGAGGCAUGCAAGCCUGACUUUCUUUUCUCACUCCUGACAGUGGGAAUCCCAGUGGGGCUAUCAUUUUUUGGUGUCCUUUUUGGACUUGGUGCCGUUGCAUUUGCAAGCUGUGGUGUUGCGUUUGCAUCCGUCAUUUGGUUCUAUGGACUACAUGUGGAUGACAGUGAGUUCUUCUACUGUCUCGUGGGCUGUACUCUUCUGUAUGCAUUGGGAUUCUACCUCUAUGCUAGCCAAGUGGGGGGACAUCAUCCCUUUUGGGGAUACCAUGAAUGGAUGCAUUUGAUUGACACAAUUGGCCUCCUUGUCAACACUCGAGCGGUCUUUGUGUUGAGUUCCUACACAGAUGAAAUCUGCAGUGCCGGAAGCACUGUUGCGGACUCAGUUGUACAAUCAGGUCUGUUGUCUGAUUUGUCUUGGUUGAGUAUUCAAUGAGUGAUCCAUUGAUUGCCAUACAUCAAAAGGUCGGCAACUUGCUUUCUUUGAACUCCAAAACAAGCCACUAUGCCUGUGGUCUGCAAGAAUGGAAUAGAGAUCACCAGAGAACCCAAGUAUUUGCUGAGGAUGAGCGGAGGAAAGCUUCCCAAAGCCAUGGCUAAAGCUUUCACAAACAAUCUCCCGAUCCCAGCAACUACUCUCAGUGAUCGUGUAAAUAACAUGUUCGUAAUAUUAGAAUGAACUUUACCAC